AUGUCCUCUGCAAGCGGCUCAUCAAACUCCUCGCCCUCUUCAGGAGGUCUCCCACCAGCGUCCUAUGACGGCAGCCAUCUGCCGUGGCGCACUUUCCGACAAGAGGUCCUAGCACCACACCAAAUCCAUGUGCUCGACACCGUGCCGAAGGACCGCAUCCCGGCUGCUUUCCUCAAGAUCGUCGAAGCUGCCAGCCAAGAUGCAGGCCGGUUCGACAACCAAAAGAACUGCUUCUGGAACCAGGUCACCGCGGGACGAGGAUUUGGUCCGUCGCCGAUAUUCCCUCCAAACCUCCUCCCUCCGUUGACGAGUGAGUUUCAUUCGAGAUGCAUGGUCCCCUUCUUCGGCAGCCGCGAAGCUCUGCCGGAACGAACGAUAAAUCACCCGGCACCUUUUUACGAACUGUCGGUCCCCCGUCCAGGUCUGGGCUGCGGGUUCUCCGCCGCAGCCUUCACGGAUGAAGAGUUGGCCGUCCUGCCUCAGUGGCUCCAGGCGACGGGCACAAUAGUCCAUUUUGAGACGGGGUACAUCGCGCCGGGGGCGUCGCUGUACUGUCCCUUUCUGACCUUUGAACGCGCCUAUGGGAACAAGCAGCAGCGCGUGGAGUCGGCAAACAAUCAGUGUGCGAUUGCAGGCGCAUACAGCACGCGUGCAUUGCAGAUGCUGUACACGCGGGCGCGCAAGGACUCGAGCGAAAAUUCACCCAUGCAUCUCGGUGAACUGCCCGUCUCUUUCUCGUGCACCAUCGACAAUAGUUUUGCGCUGCUGAAUCUGCACUGGAUCGAUCUGGAACAGGGGCAGGCUUACUGUAUGGCCCCGCUCUGCCAGUUCGACCUGAGCAAGGACGUGCACUUUAGCAAGUUCCUGGUCUGGACACAGGCCAUCGGCGAUUGGGGUCUGUCUCAUGUCCUGCCGGCGAUCAAAGAGGCGCUCGGACGCCUGCGGCAGCCUGCCAAGGGGACUCCGGUCGCUGUUUGCCAGCCCGAUUACAGCGGGGGACCAGGAAGACUGCGGCUGGACACGGGUCCAGGCAUCAUGAAGGACGAGCUCCUGAUUUCGUCCCUGAAAACGACCUUUGAGAACAUCCCCUGGCGCUUCGAAGACGAGGGCUUCUCGGGCGUCUCGUCGUCGACCGCGUCCUGGGGCUCGCCCAUGGUGUCCGAGAACACCUUCCCCAAGGUCAACUACCCGACCGUGCCGCCGGCGCGGAGCAACAUCAGCGCUCCCAACUCGUCGAUCGUGGCUCGCAAACGCUUGGGCGUGUCGCGCAGCCCGGUCACGCCGCCGCCGGCAUAUCUGCAGAACCAAGACCUGGUGUGGCAGAAGCGGUUCAACCUCGCCAUGGAAGAGAUCAGGCAGCUGCAGACGCAGAUGCAGGCGUUGAAGACGGAGAUGGAGGAGUGCAAGCGUCCGUCGUCACGGGAGGGUCAACCGAGCUCCACGUCGGAAUCUGACCCAUUACCACCAACAGCAGCAGAAAAUCAAGAGCAAGAUCAAGAGCUCGAGUCAACAACGCCCAAAGUGCAAGAUCCACCCCUCACCACCUUGACCGCUCACAAGUCUCCACCGUCUACCACGGGCGUAUCCGCGGCGACGACCAGCCCGUCGCCGAUGUGGCAAUGCGCCACGAUCGUCCUGUCGAGCCAUUUCCUGGCCUCGUUCCUCCCCACCAACAUGACCGUGCGGCUGCUCGCUUAUGGCUGCGUCACAAACGCUUUUGUGCUGGCGUGUUUGACACCCAGGUCCACCGUGGUUGGGAUGGCGACGCUGGCGUCCGCGAAGAUACCGGCCUUUCCGGCCUGGAGGUGGCGGGCGACGUCCUAG